CUCUGGCAUUUACGUUUCAAUUGGUUUCAAUACUUGUUUACUGCAUGCACUAUUUUGUAGGUUACGAAAAUACGAGUGCAUUCGCAUGACACAAAAUUGAAAAAAACUUGGAGAGUUGUGUGAGAGCAGAGUGUUCUAUAAUUAUAAACGAUAUAACUUAUCUAGAUUUUAGUGAUACCGAGUCAAUCGCAAUGGCUCACUCGUACAACCCCUACUACAAUGAAUACCAUAAAAACUUGGAGAUACAGCAGAAUAUAAAAUAUAAGAAAAAGUAUCGAAAGCUCAAACGAAUUGUCAAAGACACAGUAUUCGAGAAUGCUGCACUUUGCGAUCAAGUUGCUCAAAUGCAAGAAAACCUGUUGAUGGUGAAAGAAGAGAGGCAUUUCCUAUUGCGUAAGCUAUACCAACAACAGGGUGAAAUAGAUCCUAUGAUCACUGUGACCAAAUCGCAGACAAAUAACUUGGGAUCUCCAUCUCCGAGCCAUGAAGGAACAACUCCAAAGAAAAAUGUUAAAAAAAGAAACUCAACUGAAGCAUUAGAAACAAAAAGUAAACCAAAGCGGUAUUCCAAGGCUAUGCGUCGUGUUGUACAGCUCAUACCUUUAGAUGUUCACGGACGACCCGUGUUCCCUAUUGCUCUUGGAGAUCUCACUGUUUACUCCCUUGGUGAAGUUGUUUCUGAUCGAAUUGCGUAUCAUACUGAAGAUCUUAUCUAUCCAGUUGGCUAUUGCAGUACCAGAAUGUUUGCUAGUUUGCGAGAUGCCCACACCAAAAGUUUAUAUACUUGCAAAAUUCUGGAUGGUGGCAUUAACCCACGGUUUGAAAUCGUUUCGGAUAGCGAUCCAGACCAACCAUUGGUUGGUUUGACUCCCGAUGAAUGCCAUUCCAGACUCUUAGCUGCAAUCUCACCAACCCUCCGUUCCAUUCCUGUAAGGGGAGCAGACUUCUUUGGCAUUUCUCAUCCAACAAUCCAGAAUCUUAUACAAAGUUCCCCCGGUACACGAAAACUUGCCAACUACAAAUCCAUCCGUUUUGAGGUGUGCAAGAAUCAAAACACUGACCAUGCGUCGAGUCCUGGAGUAGAGGAAGAAACAGAUCCUGGGCUUGGAUUUUCUGCAUUACACAGAACUUUUGCAAUACCCAGUGGUUACAGAAUAAAGGAGGAACCACCAGACCAUGAACUCCUCGCAUUUCAAGAUUUCCUAAUGUGAUUCCCACGUCCAGAUCAACAGUUCACGUAAGACUUGAAGUGUAUUACCAAAAUGUUGUACCAUUAGAAUCCAAAUAAAUUAAGUAUUUCUAUACGGUGACUCGAUCUGACCAAGUAUAGUGAUAGAUUUUAGUCGUAUUUUGCGAAAAAAUGUAAUUGAAAAAUUAUUUGAAAAGUCAUAUACAAAAACAUUUAUUUUACAUCAA